UUUUCUUGGUCGAUCGCUCUGCAGUACCAUUUUGACCAUCGCGCAUGAUUAGUUCACCGCGCGGACCGAACUAAGCAACCAUUACAAUUCUUAUAAGUUGUUCCUGACUUAAGGGAAGGAUUUUAAUUCAGUCUCAGUGAUUUUACUUCUGCUACGAUUCUUCUCAAAGGAUUUUGAUUUUAUAUUUUUGUGUUAUUCGUCUCCUUUUAUUGUGGUUUUCUUUUUCGUACGCGUUAAUUUGGGGCCAGGAUGUGAAUGGGAUUAUUAUUAUUUUGAUUGCCGACAAUUAGUGGCGAAUAAAUUGCCUCAUCAGAGAUUUCAGCGGUUUUUCGUUCGUUGUGUGAAUUGUUGUCAGGAAAAUAAAAAAGAAGCAAAGAAACCGAAGAAUUUCAAGAAGUGCCAUUCUCAAAAAGGGAUUUUUUCCCAAACUGACCUAAAAGUUAGGUGAAGUGAUUGCGUGAUCCAUUUAAGUGAAGCACUUAAGGUGCACAAAACAAGAGAUUCAACAAUUUUAGUAGUUAUUUUUUUGUUUUCCCGAACGAAAAUGUUGCCUUGAUCUUUCUUGAUUCUCGAGUUUGUAAAGAUUUAAGAUUCCAUUGUGUUUUCCCAUUUUUUUUUUUAAUGAUCAACUAUGAUCGAUUAUUGUGUAAUUACCUGAUCGAGGAGUGCGAAAUAGUGUUUAAAGUGAGUUUGUCCAUUUUCAAGGCGUACAAACGCACAAAGGAAUGAAGGAAAAACAGGAGUGAGUUAUAAAAGGAUAACCCGUAAUAUAGAAAGAAGAACAAAAAAACAACCAACGCCGUGACGCGACUUCAAGACAAUAAUUAAUUUCCCAUGAGAUCAGGGAUGAUGAUGGAUACUUGAGCAGAGACAGAAAGAGGUGAUCUUUUUAGAACUACAACUACAACAAGAUUCAUCUUAAAGAGAUCCAAAAACAUCAACAUCCUCAGCAUCGUCAUCACUAACAAGAAAACCGAAAACAAGGUUGAAGAGUUUCCUUUGUGGAUUUAAUUACCUGCUCAAAAAGAGCCACACAGAUAAUUUUUAACAGAAAUGGCUUCCAGCAGCAUAUCCCCAACACCAGCACCAGCACCGAAGCCCAAACCGCCACCCUCGUCACAGCCGCCGCCGCAGCCGCCUUCGUCGCCAGCAGCACCAACAACAUCAUCAUCAACAUACCCCUGCCGCAACCAUCACAAUCAUCACUGCUGCAAUCCUCCUCCUCCUCCAACAACAACAACACCAACAUCAAGAAAACAAAAAUCACCAUCAGCAUUUUUCCAGCCUGCAACUGCAACGCAUCGAAUUCUAACAAUCAGCCUUUUAAUUGGUGUCCUCUGUUGGCCAACGCAAAUUCAUUGCGUGGAUCCAAAAUUCGAUCCAUCGACACGAAUGCGUUUGGUUUUGGUGCCGGCGGAUGCCCAGGUGGGUUCUGUGAUAUAUCGAUUGCGUGCCACUGACGAGGAGUUCGAUUAUCCGCUGACGUUCGAACUGGUUGGUGAUGCUUCAGCAUCGACCGUGAAAAUCGAAUCGCUUCCAUGUACAAAGUACAAUUCUGUUUGCCAAGCGAAUGUGAUCUUACAGCGGCGAUUGGAGCCGGGUAGAUACUAUGACUUCCAGGUGUCGGUUAAGGACACAAAGGGUGGCAUGACAACGCAACGUUGUUCAAUAACAGCAACCAAUUUUACAACACCACACGACCUCAUAUUUCCCCAUAAACCCGGCAUUAUAAUGAUACCAGAAGAUGCCAAAAGGGGAACCGAAUUAGAUUAUGUCAUAUCAAGAAAAAAUCCACAUUUUCCAAAACCAGUCUACCUCGAGCUAUGGGGAUCACCCCUUUUUGCUAUUAGACAAAAAAUAGUUUCAACCGAUACAACAGAGGGAACAAUAUUUCUACUGGGACCACUUGAUUUUGAAAAACAAGCAAUGUAUCAUCUUACCAUAUUGGCUAAUGAUGCCUAUGCUGAGUCGGGGCAAGAUAGCAGAAACAUUGCUGGACUUGAAGUUGUUGUGAUUGUACAAGACGUUCAAGAUCAACCACCUGUUUUUACAAUGGCUCCACCUGUUACAAAAUUACCACCUGGUAUACUUCCUGGUGACAAGAUACUUCAAGUUCAUGCUGAAGAUGGCGAUAAAGGUAAUCCUCGUGAGGUCAGAUACGGUCUAGUCUCCGAAGGGAAUCCAUUUACCUCGUUCUUCGAUAUCAACGAUACCAGUGGUGAAAUAUUCCUUAUGCGGCCGCUGGAAGAUAUCGCUGCAAUAACACAUGUGGGUGACCCCGUCCUUCUAACUGUGGUAGCGGAAGAGGUUAAGGUUGGUCGUGAUGAGCCGCCAGCAGCUGCAACAACCGUUCAACUGGCAUUCUUUCUCCCCGAACGAAGCAAUUCACCGCCAUACUUUGAGAUCGAUCACUAUGUGUCACGUGUGGAUGAGAAUGCACCGCAAGGUACUGCACUGACAUUCGUCGAUCCGUAUGUGCCACGAGUCUAUGAUGACGACACCGGCAAAAAUGGUGUAUUCUCCCUCACUCUGCUCAAUAAUAACGGUACCUUUGAGAUAUCGCCCAAUGUGGCUGAACGUAGCGCAUCAUUUUUGAUACGCGUGCGUGACAACAUGCUGUUAGACUAUGAGGAGCGUCAUUCGGUGGAGUUCCAAGUGUUGGCCCAGGAACUUGGACCAGCAACUAACCUGUCGGCAAUUGUCAACGUAACGGUGUACAUUAACGACGUGAAUGAUAAUCCGCCGGUAUUCACUCAGACCGUUUACACUGUCGAGUUGCCGGAAAAUAUGACAGUCGGCACGAAGGUGGUGCAAGUGCAUGCCGACGAUGUUGACACCGGAAUGGGAGGACGUGUCCGGUAUACGGCAAUUUUGGGCUACCUCAACACCUCGCUUAAUUUGGACGCUGAAAAUGGCAUAAUAACCGUCUCGACGAAUAGUCACGGGUUCGAUAGGGAGAUCAUGCCAGAGUAUCAUUUGUAUGUGGAGGCUCGCGAUAGCGAUGGCACCGGCAAUCGAGCUCAGGUGCCGCUGGUCAUUAAGAUGAUCGAUGUUAACGAUGAGACACCGACAUUCGAGAAGAAUGUGUACGAGUUCAUUUUGGCAGCUGAUUUGCAGAGCUUUACCUCACCGGCAUACAUUAAGGCUGUGGACAAGGAUGCGACAGCGCCUAACAACGAGGUUCGCUACGAGAUCAUCAACGGGAAUUAUGACAAUAAAUUUUCGCUUAACAAAGUCACUGGUGAAUUGACCGUGCAGGAGAAGAUCUUUAUGCGAUCGAAGAAGGAGGCCGUUAGAAGCCGGAGGCAGGUCACGCAAUCACCUCUUGAGAACGAUAUGUUUGUGUUGACCGCGAGAGCGUAUGAUUUAGGAGUUCCCGUAAGGUUCUCGACGGCCACCAUUAGAAUCUAUCCGCCAGAGAGUCGUACGAGGACAGUGACCUUUGUGGUGCCAGGGUUCAAUCCGGACAAGCAGAAAACCGCUGAAACAUUGUCCACAAUAACCGGGGGUCGAGUGAUCAUUCACGACAUUCGGCCAAUGCAAGCCGAUGAACCUGGAGCUAAGAAUCUGAAGGGUGACAUCAAGGAACGGAGUGUGGUGACGGCAACGGUUCUGUAUGAAGGAGCUUCAGUUGUUGACAUUUCCCAAAUCCAGCAAAGAUUGUCGCAGCACAAUGGAUCGUAUGCGAUAAUGACAAAGGAGGAGAUGGACAGUGAUGCAUUGUAUAAGGCUGAAAAUAAAUUGCUCUUCUGGCUGCUGAUCUUACUUGCCACACUUGUGGCCCUGACGAUUCUGAUUCUUCUACUUUGCUGUAUAUGUUCGUGGUGUCCUCUGUAUGGCGCGGCUAGCAAGAGAAUAGUUAAUAUCAGUAGAACUGAAGACGAUGUUCAUCUAGUUCAUAGGGAAAUCGCAAAUGGAAAACAAUCAAAAUCUGUUCAGGUCGCCGAGUGGAUGGGAAGACGAGAGGCGUGGUCGGCAGAGAAGUCAUCCGAUACACGAACGAAACCUACCCGUUGGGAGUUCCACAAUGGACAUGGUGAACAGCCUGACGAAAGCCUAGGUCGUCCGGGACGAGCUGCUGAUACCGAGGCAGAACAUUUGGAAGAACGACAAAAUCGUAGAAUCAAAUCAGCCGAAGAUCAGCAACGUAGAGUUAGAAUCAAGAACACUCAAACAGCCAAAGACGAUACUCACUUAAGUAGUUUCCAUAAUAAUUCUAGAACUAAUUUAGUAAACAACGAACGAGAGGUUUAUAUCGAGGAUAUAAUUGACGAAGAACAGGACAUUGGAACACAAUCAUUUCGCAACCGCAACAGACAAAGACGCACAGCUCAGCAACAGAUCGACGAUGAUUCGAUGAGGCGGCACGAGAUCGAUCGGGGCAGUGACAUGGAGUACAAUGGGGGAGCUCGAGGAAGUUUAAAGGCUAAGCGGGAAUACUUUAUCAAGGACGGGAAUGUUGAAAUUUUGCAACUUAUGACUCGGGACAAACAGGGCGACGAGGAGGACAACAUCUAUGUCAAUCUUCCGCUGAAGGCGACCACAAAUCUGUCACACCCACAGCUUCUGAUGGUUGACCAAAGUGGCAAAGAGAUUCUAAUGCGUCGGUUUAUCGAGGAACAACCAGAUGGCAAGCAAAUCAUCCGGGAGCAUUAUCAGAUUGUUCCUGGAGGAGCUAACUACAUUCAAACAAUGCCCAAUGAGGUCCAACACUCGACCUACAAGGACACGUUUCCAUCGGGAAAAAGUGGCCCAAAUAGCAUUGUGUACUCUCAAGCUGAACCAGAAGUCAAAAUCAUCCAUACCCAACCCAUGCAUGAAGGACUUGCUGUAGGGGAGGUCAGCACUCAAAUGCAACCAGCCAUUUCGAAUCAAUCCCUUACCCAGGAGCUAGAGAACUCCCUGAAGCAGCAAAAUGCUCUGCUCCGUCAGAUCCUGAUGGAGAAAGAGAAAGUUGAGCUGCAAUAUAGUCAGCAAGAUGUGGCUCUCGAAACCCAGAGUCUGCCAGGGCAGCCAAUGGCAAUUGCAACUCAAACUGAUUGUGAAGCAGGCACUCAAACCGAAGCCGAUAUGAUCGUUAGCUCGUCAUCGGUCAAGCGACAACGGCGAGCACGAAGUGAGAACGAUGACUCUUUUUCCGAGGACGAAUAUGAAUACGUCCGUUUCAGUCCACCAAACAGCCCCGAAGGAGUGUACUGGAUCAAGCGAAAGCGGCAAAAGAAGCGCUCAAAACAAAGACCGGGCACACAAUCCCGAAAACGUGUGGUAAUGGUCGAAGAUGUCAAAAGGAAAAUUCGAACUCCCAUCAAGGAAGAAGACGACGAUGACUAUUACGAGUAUCGGAAACGGUCUCCUCCUAAAAAGCCAAUUCGGUAUCAUGGAGAAACCAAGGCCAGUUUAUUGCGUCGCAUGAAAAGUGAGGAGAACAGAAAACUAGCGUCCAAAAAGUCGGCCUCCCUGAAUCGAGAAGUCCUUAUGGAGAUAUCAGACUCGCUAGACGAGAAGGGAAGUCCUGACGAGCGCGUACGGAUUGAGCAAAUGGAAUACUACGAAAAUUCUGAAGAAGAUUCCGACGCCGACGAAAUAGUUAUCAAGAGUAAUGCGCUUCCAUCAACUGGUCAUAAAACCGAAUCUUCCCACUUCGAAAUCCACGUGUCGGACGGCAGCAAUAACAAAGUCUAUUCGAGGUCUUCGUCGGAGCAGAGAAAUCACAUAGAAGACCGAAGAGUCAAAAGUCCAGACCCUAAGCCCAGACUCUCCCGAAAAGACAAUGUCAUCCAGCGGAACUCUCAAAGACGGUCACAAACGGCUUCAGAGCCCCCACACAGCCGAGUUGUAGUUUCCAAGGGCACCAAAGUCACAAGCAGUGAUGUUCGCAGCUCGAAACGAAUCAAAGAACGUGACUUCCAGAGCGACACCAAUCUACUGGAUCACGACGAUGCGAUUGACGAUCAAAGUUCUUCCAAAGGUGCAAGCGUCCCGAAAUAUAUGGACUGGUACUACAGCAAGAAGAAGUCCGACGUCAAGCCUGCGAAGUCAAAAUCAAGUACAAAGAAACUAAUAGGUGGCUCUGAGAAACGAAUCACCAAAAUCCGCCUUCCAAAAUCCGAUGACAGUCAUCCUCCCACCACAACUUCAACCACUCCGGUACCACCAAGCGAUGAGAAAUACAAACCCGAGCCAGCACCUCGAAAAUCCCCGCCGAAAGGAGCUCGCCUCCUCAAGGAAGACGUCAUGAUGAACAAGAACCACAAGCCCAAGAUCGAAACCGAUACAAAUCAUCCUCUCUUGCAGCACUCCGAACAUCGGUACGAGCACGAGUACGACAAUACCUCAGAACUUCCACUUGCCCCCACAAAACUGCCACACUACAUGUACCCCGAGACACCGCCCCAACCAAAAGGCCACGCGAAGUCCAAAGACCUGCGACCGAAGCCCUCGCCCAUCAAAGAGAACGAAAUCAAGGUCACCAACUCGAAGAUCUACAUUCAGGAUGCGUCGGCUCAGUCGAAGCAGCUCAAUGUCGCCACUCUGGAAGACGACCAUGAUUCGGGAAUAGCCAUGAACUCCCUGCUGAACAGCAUGGGUCGUCGGAAUCCAAUAGCCGAGAAGAAGAGCGUCUUCUCCAUUGCCUACGACGACGUCAGUCGAGUACAAAAAAUUCAAUCCGGCAGUGAUUCGCCUCAGUAUUCAUAACAUCAGCAGAAAAAAGAUGGGGAAGAGUAACGGGAUUCACCCGCUGCCGAUGGAGCUUCCUUGUACUUGGAGUUCUCUUGCCUCGAGCCUUGACUUGACGUGUGAGCUUCUUGAUAACAAAGAAAUAGAAACAUACGAAUCUAGUCUCAAGGUUUUUAGACAAGAAUCUCCAUUUGAAAUUGAGUUCAGUUAUUGUUUUUGUUGUUGUUGGGCAAUCUCUGACGUCAAAGUGUUCAUCAGGAUUUGUUUUUAUAAUUAUGUUCCUUUGUCCUAUUUAAUUUUUGUUUUUCAUUAGACUUAAAAAUCGUUGUGAUAGUUAAAAAUAAUGCUUUAAAAGCAUUAAUUUCAUUUUACUCUUUAAACUGUACAUAAAUUUAUCUAUUUAACAAUUUGUAUAUAACAAUUUAAUUAUGUUGUUUAAACUUAAGAACUCGUACAUAUAUGAAACAAAAUACAAAAUAUUGUAUUAAACUUGUAAAAAUUACUUUUAUAAAUCCAUUCCUACGGCAAACUGAGUUUUAGACAAGACACUAAGUCGACUUUAAAUGUAAAAAGUUAAAUGUAUCAUUUACACUUCUUGUAAACUUUAAAAAUUAAAAUACAAACAAAAACACAACUGCAAACUGCCAUAUAUAUUUUGUAUGAAGUAUUACUAACAUUUUUGUUGUUUUAAUUUCUUUUUUCUAAUCUAAGGAAUUGUUAUAAGGAAAUUAUUGUGUGUUUUUUUGAGUUAUUUUAUUAUAAAUUAUGGUGCGAAAACAGUUGCAAUAAGCAAUUAAGAUAAGUUAAAAUGGAGUUUUGUAAUUAUUUAUUUAAUUGUAAAUGUUAAUUAAUAAAUACAAAAUAUAUUAAAAUACAUAGAAAUAAGUCUUUAUACAUUUUGUAGAUAUUUGAAGAAUACAUAAUAAUUUAAUUUAGUUCUAUAAACUUGUAAUUAUUAUUGAAUUAUUUUUUUUUAAAUUUAAAGAAAUUUUUCAACAGAAACAAU